GCGUGCCGCGCACUCGAGCGUGCCUGGCGCCGGCGCUGGGCUCGUCGGCGGGUGGUGGCGAUGUCUGGCCGCUCCAAGCGGGAGUCUCGUGGUUCCACCCGCGGGAAGCGGGAGUCUGAGUCGCGGGGCAGCUCGGGUCGUGUCAAGCGGGAGCGAGAUCGGGAGCGGGAGACCGAAGCGCCGAGCUCCCGGGGCAGCCCGGUGCGCGUGAAGCGGGAGGUCGAGCCGGUGAGCGCGCGCGAGGCCCCGGCGCCCGUCGUCCCGGCGGUGCGGGUGAAGCGGGAGCGCGAGGCCGACGAGGACUCAGAGCCGGAGCGGGAGGUGCGAGCAAAGAAUGGCCGCGUGGAUUCCGAAGACCGGAGGAGCCGCCACUGCCCGUACCUGGAUACCAUUAACAGCCUUUCAUCCUUCCCUACAGGCCGGGGUUUGAAGUCUCACGCAUAUAUUCACAGCGUCCAGUUUAGCCAUCAUGUCUUCCUCAACCUCCACACUCUCAAGUUUUAUUGCCUUCCAGACAACUAUGAGAUCAUCGAUUCCUCACUGGAGGAUAUCACGUAUGUGUUGAAACCCACUUUCACCAAGCAGCAGAUUGCAAACUUGGACAAACAGGCCAAAUUGUCUAGGGCAUAUGAUGGCACCACUUACCUGCCAGGUAUUGUGGGACUGAAUAACAUAAAGGCCAACGACUAUGCCAACGCUGUCCUUCAGGCUCUGUCUAAUGUUCCUCCUCUCCGGAACUACUUCCUGGAAGAAGACAAUUAUAAGAACAUCAAGCGUCCUCCGGGGGAUAUCAUGUUCUUGUUGGUUCAGCGUUUUGGAGAGCUGAUGAGAAAGCUCUGGAACCCUCGAAAUUUCAAGGCACAUGUCUCUCCCCAUGAGAUGCUUCAGGCUGUUGUCCUUUGCAGCAAGAAGACUUUUCAGAUCACCAAGCAGGGGGAUGGAGUCGACUUUCUGUCCUGGUUUCUAAAUGCCCUGCACUCAGCUCUGGGGGGCACAAAGAAGAAAAAGAAGACUAUUGUGACUGACGUUUUCCAGGGGUCCAUGAGGAUCUUCACUAAAAAGCUUCCUCAUCCUGAUCUGCCAGCAGAAGAAAAAGAGCAGCUGCUCCAUAAUGACGAGUACCAGGAGACGAUGGUGGAGUCCACCUUUAUGUACUUGACGCUGGACCUUCCUACCGCCCCCCUCUAUAAGGACGAGAAGGAGCAGCUCAUUAUCCCCCAGGUGCCACUCUUCAACAUCCUGGCCAAGUUCAACGGCAUCACUGAGAAGGAAUAUAAGACUUACAAGGAGAACUUUCUGAAGCGCUUCCAGCUCACCAAGCUGCCUCCCUAUCUAAUCUUUUGUAUUAAGAGAUUUACUAAGAACAAUUUCUUUGUGGAGAAGAAUCCAACUAUUGUCAACUUCCCUAUUACAAAUGUGGAUCUGAGAGAAUACUUGUCUGAAGAAGUACAAGCAGUACACAGGAAUACCACCUAUGACCUCAUUGCCAACAUCGUACAUGAUGGCAAGCCCUCCGAGGGCUCCUACCGGAUCCAUGUGCUUCAUCAUGGGACAGGCAAAUGGUAUGAAUUACAAGACCUCCAGGUGACUGACAUCCUUCCUCAGAUGAUCACGCUGUCAGAGGCUUACAUUCAGAUUUGGAAGAGGCGAGAUAAUGAUGAAACCAACCAGCAGGGUGCUUGAAGGAGGAGUCUGCGGUUUUGUUCUGGGUGCUUUUGACUGAAGAUGGUAAAUAAGAAUACUGAGGUGUCAUUGCACAGAGGCUGACUCACACAUUCCUUGGGCCAGCCCAGUUUUUAUGGGUUCUGGUUCAGACCCGAGCAUCAGAGGGGCCCACUCGCCUGGGAUGGCUCUGCGCUGUCACCCAGCUGUUCUUUGAUCAAUUUAUUGUAGAUUGAUGCUUCUUUCUCCUUCCUGUCCAGCUGCCUUCUAGCUUCAGCAGGCCAGAACUCUCUUACAGUUGUAUGUAAUUUAUUUCUGAGUAGCUGGGACUAUCUGAAGGACAAGAUAAUUUCUUCUAAAUGUCAAAGCCUCAGUAUUCUAGGAAUAAGAGCAAAAAGCCGGUAACGUCCUUCUUCUAUCAUAGGUAGAUAAUUUUCCUGUGAUUCUCUUUAUUUCCUGAUGUGUUUAUUGGAGUGGAUUAAAUAUUUUUCUGUUUUUAAA